UCAUCCAUAAUGAAGUUCGGCAAGCAAUUUGCCGCUCAGAUGGUUCCUGAAUGGCAGCAAGCCCACAUGGAUUACGAGUUCCUCAAGUCCCUCUUGAAGCAAAUCGACACCUUCAACAAAGCCCACGCUAGAAACCACCCCGUAACCGACUCUGCCCAACUCAGACGGACCCUCAGCCUCUACAGGGCUUUCAGCGGCCUGACUCUCCGCCACAGCCACAGCCACGGCCACGGCCACGGCCACAACAGCCAUCCUGCAAGUCCAGGGUCGCCGCAGGAUGCAGUGGAGGAGCAGGCUAUAUUGGUGAAUGCGGUGAGCCGGGACGGGACGAGGAAGUAUCGGACGACGUUUUUGAUGGCGGAUGAGGAAGGGGGAGAGUAUGAGUUGGUGUACUUUAGGUCGUUGGAUAGAGAGUUUAAUAAAGUGAACAAGUUUUAUAAGUCGAAAGUGGAGGAAGUUGUGAAGGAGGCGAGUGUGUUGAAUAAGCAAAUGGAUGCUUUGAUUGCUUUCAGAAUCAAAGUGGAGAAUCCAAAGGGUGUUUGGGAUUUCUCCGGCGACCGGUCGGAGGAGAUUUCAAAGCUGGCCACUGAUAUUGCUGUUUCUACUGCUGCUUUGUCAUCUUCCACCCCUUCUGGGGUCCGAGCUAGCAGACGGGUUCAUAUAGCAAUGGACGCCAUAGAAGAAGGUGGGUCGAGCCACAAAGAAAGUCAUAAACCAGAAAGUGAAUCAAAAGAAGAAAAAGAUGGAAAGGAAGAGAAGAACACAAAGGAUGAAGAAGGGAAAGAAACGAAGAUGAAGGCCAACAGACCACCUCCACUUGAACUUCUUGAUCGUGUAACAAUGAACACAACUCUAGAGACACCAAGAUCCACCAUUAAAGGCCUUUUCAACUUCCCCAAGAACUCAGAGCUUCAAUUCAACAGAGAAAAUCUCAACAAAAUUGAGAACCAACUCAAAAGGGCUUUUGUUGUAUUUUACCACAAACUCAGGCUGCUAAAAAGCUUCAGCUUCUUGAAUACUUUGGCAUUUUCAAAGAUAAUGAAGAAAUAUGAUAAGAUUACCUCAAGAAAUGCAGGAAAGUCAUACAUGAAGAUGGUGGACAGCUCUUAUCUUGGGAGUUCUGAUGAGGUUUCCAAGCUAAUGGAAAGGGUGGAAGCUGCAUUUAUCAAACACUUCUGCAAUGCUAAUCGGACCAAAGGAAUGAACAUCUUGAGACCCAAAGCAAAGAAAGAAAGACAUAGAAUUACAUUUUCAGUUGGUUUCUUUGCUGGCUGCACUGUAGCUCUUAUCGUCGCACUCGCUUUCGUUACUCGAGCUCGACAUUUACUAGACAGAGAAGGCAGCACCCAGUAUAUGGAAACCAUGUUUCCUCUUUACAGCUUGUUUGGAUUCGUUGUGUUGCACCUGCUAAUGUAUGCAGCAAACAUAUACUUUUGGAGGCGAUACCAAGUGAACUACUCCUUCAUAUUUGGGUUCAAACAAGGCACUGAGUUGGCCUACCGAGAGGUUCUUUUUCCCAGUUUUGCUGUGGCAACUCUUGCUUUAGCCUGUGUUCUUUCUAACCUUGACAUGGAGAUGGACCCUGUAACGAAGUCAUAUCAAGCAGUCACUGAACUUCUUCCUUUGGUUUUGCUCCUUCUUGUGAUUGCAGUCUUCUUGUGUCCACUCAACAUCUUAUAUCGUUCGAGUCGCUUGUUCUGCAUAAAAACUUUGUACCAUUGCAUAUGUGCUCCCCUUUACACGGUCGUCUUCCCUGAUUUCUUCUUGGCAGAUCAGUUAACCAGCCAGGUGCAAGCACUUCGUAGCUUGGAAUUCUACAUUUGCUAUUACGGUUGGGGAGAUUACAAACAUCGACGGGAUACUUGUCGAACCAAUACUGUAUUCAACACUUUCAGCUUCAUCAUUGCUGUUAUUCCAUAUUUGUCUCGUCUCCUUCAGUGUCUCAGGCGACUGUUUGAGGAGAAAGAUACAAUGCAGGGAUAUAACGGAGUGAAGUACUUCUUGACAAUUGUAGCUGUUUGCUUGAGGACAGCUUACAGUCUAAACAAGGGAAUAACCUGGAAAGUGUUGGCGGCAGUGUUCUCAGCUGUUGCUGCCAUUAUAUGCACAUAUUGGGACCUCGCCAUUGACUGGGGCCUUUUGCAGCGCCAUUCGAAAAACCGAUGGCUAAGAGACAAACUACUUGUUGGUCAUAACAGUGUUUAUUUUGUGGCAAUGUUCUUGAAUGUUUUACUGAGGUUUGCUUGGCUGCAAACUGUGUUGGAUUUCAAGUUCUCCAACCUGCAUACAGAAGGUUUGAUUACAAUAGUGGCCAGCCUUGAGAUCAUUCGUCGUGGCAUAUGGAAUUUCUUCAGGUUGGAGAAUGAGCAUCUGAACAAUGUUGGGAGGUACCGUGCAUUUAAAUCUGUACCACUGCCUUUCAACUACGAUGAAGACGAUGACAAAGAUGAUUAAAGUUUUCCAGACAGUAUUCUUUCAAGAUAUACAGUUUACUUGUUUCAAAAUGUUAACAAAUCAUGUAUAUUAAAUAACACAACAUUGCAAUAAUUUUGACCCUCUCAGGAUUCCUUCAAACCUAAUGGAAUUAGUUCGAAAAACGAACAAUUGCU